AUGACAACCCCAAUGCUUUUGCUUCAGACCAGAAAAAGAGGUACAUGGAGUUUGUAUAACGUCGAGGAAGACAAGGUCCUAAAUUUGCAACUAAAAAUCCCGAAUAAGCGAUUUUGUGGUUCUUCAAAAGGGUGGUUAAUAUUUGUGGAUAAGGAUCUUGUAGUAACCCUAGUAAAUCCAUUCUUUAGGGUUAAAGGGAGGAUAAAAAAGGAAAAUUCGAUCAUUUGUCUUCCUCCACUAAACCCUAAACCUAUAAGUCGACAUUGGUUUUCAAAAACCAACUAUUUCGUUUUCAAAGCUACAAUUUCAGCAGACCCAAUAUUAAAUGCAAAUGAUUACAUUGUUGUGGUCAUAUAUGAGGAGUAUUGCCGGUUGGCUUUUAUUAGACCUGGCAAAGACACGGCAUGGACUUAUGUUGAUCAAAGGUGGAGCUUAAUUCAAGAAGUUGUUCCAAUUAGAGAUAAAUUUUAUGCUGUUGAUAGGUGGGGAAAUCUAUUAUCUUUUGACGGUGUUGAUCAAUUCAAAUGCAAUGUGGAGUCGAAGGUUAACAAUACGGAACAAACGUCUGAGAAGAAAUAUCUCAUGGCUUUAAAUGAGAAAGACUUUCUAAUGGUUGAGAGGUAUACUACAUGGGACGAUGACUCUAAACGCGAGACAAUGGAAUUCAAAGUUUUCGAAUUCAGUUUCGUGAAGGGUGACUGGAUUGAGACAAAUAAUUUGGGUGAUGUUGCUAUUUUUGUGGGUGAUAAUUCCUCAAUAUAUGUGGUGGCUUCAAACGAUUAUGGAUGUCAACCGAAUUGCAUAUACUUCACGCAUGAUAAUUAUCGUAUAAGAAUGGAUUUCAAGCCUUGGGGACCUAAUGAUAUCGGUGUAUACAACAUCAAAACUCGGAGCAUUUCACAAUCUUUUACGAAAGAUGCUAUGACCAUGAUGAAGUUGAUGAAUCGACCCCCAAUUUGGAUUGCACCAACUUUUUAA